AUGACUCGACGUCCAUCCCGGAGUCUAUCGUCGAGAGCGAUACUCCUUUCCAUCCUCACCUUAUUACCACUUAUCACGGCCGUCUCAUUAUCCGAUUUCCAGCCCGCAAUCAACCCGAACCUUCUCCCGGCGAACUGUGCCCGCGCCUACACCGCCGUCAUCCCAUCAUGUCAAAAAGCGGAUUUCCCAACCAACCAAAGCCGCGGCACCGUCUGCAGCACCUCCUGCAUCCAAGGCCUCGCACAAGUCGAGUCCUCCCUCCGCCUCGCCUGCAGCAACGUCGACCUCCCCGAAACCUCCCUCCUCGCCUUCUUCCUCUUCGGCAAAGGCAUCGAAAUCCUCUGCGGCACCCCCAUCGCGCGCACCACCAUCAUCUCCACCUCCACUCCAUCUGGCCCCGACGCGAGGCCGACGUCCCUUAACCCAGAUGCCGGAGCAGGCGAGUCCGGCGGGCUGCUCAUGGACACGAGGAGCGGGCCCGAACCGCCGAUGCGCACGCCGCCUGUCGUCGCGACGACCACGUUGGAUACGAGCGUGGGGGGCGGGGAUUCGUCGUCGGAAACGUCGGGUGACGGGUCGGAUCUGCCGAUACAAACGGCGACGGGUGCGCCACCGGGGGAUGCAGGAGUAGCUCCUGGCGGAGGCUCGACGUCGGGAGCGCCACGGAGCACGCAGGAGGCGAAACCGCAGUCUGGAGGGGGUGGCAGUCCGUUUGAACUCAGUACGGCCGGGCAGAUGCGAGUGGGGAACGGCGGGUGGGUUGUCAUGAUUGCUGGGAUUUGCGCGUCGGUAUUUCUCGGGUGA